AUGGAACAAUUGAACAAAACAACAGUGAAAGAAUUUAUUCUGUUGGCUUUUUCCAAUUUCCAAAAGUACCAGAUCUUACUUUUCAUUAUUAUACUUCAAAUGUACAUUAUAAGCAUUGCUGGAAACUCGGCUGUUAUUACCCUUGUUAAGGUUGGAACUUCCCUCCAUUGUCCAAUGUAUUUUUUCAUCAGUGUCUUUGCCGCUUUAGAAAUCUCCUUUGUGUCCAUUACAAUUCCCAAGCUCCUGGCCAACUUGAUUGCAGCAGACAGAAGGAUAUCUUUCAUGAAUUGCUUUGCCCAGUUGUAUGCCUUCAAUGCACUUGGUGUAACAGAAUGCUAUAUGCUUACAGUUAUGGCUUUUGACAGAGAUUUAGCAAUUAACCAUCCCCUAAGAUAUUCUGCAAUUAUAAACAAUAUGGUCUGCACUGCUUUAGCAAUUUUUGCUUUUACAGUAAGUUUUAUCAUUGCUUUGAUUCCCACUAUUUUCACAGCUGAUUUAUUAUACUGUGGACCCAAUGAGAUCAACCAUUUUUUCUGUGACUUGGCUCCUGUGCAGAAUUUAGCUUGUUCUGAUCCCCUGGUUAGUAAUUUAGCUACAAGCAUUGCUGCAGUUUUUGCCAGUUUGAUUCCUUUCAUUCUUAUCUUAGGCUUCUACACACACAUUAUUAUUACCAUAGCCAAAAUUAAGAGCGUUGAAGGUAAAAACAAAGCAUUCUCCACUUGUUCUUCCCAUCUCACUGUUGCCUGCCUCUUCUAUACUUCAGUUAUCAUAGUGUACAUAAAGCCAAAGGGUAGCCAUUAUGAUAAAUUUCUUGCCCUCCUGUACACCGUCGUUAUUCCUCUUUUAAAUCCUUUUAUUUAUACUUUAAGAAAUAAAGAUGUAAAGAACACUUUAAAAAAAUUACACAUUUUCAAAUUCUAG